AUGGCUCACCCUGAUAUGCCUUCUGAGGCGGCAGAUGCCGCCUUUGCUCAAUAUGGCCUUCUUCCUCCCCCGUGGUAUGCCUUUCCAGAAAUUCAUCCCUAUAGCAUCGGCUGGCGCAUGGGCAGCGGCGAGGGCUACUUAUGGGCGUAUGACGUUUGGUGGCCCAAGACGAAAGACAGCAUGGAUGAGGAAGCACGGAUUGCAUACUUCCUUCGGUUUCCACCACCACCACAGUUUAUGCGGUGGAUGAUGGAAUGGCUGUGGGAUCUAGAGGCCGGCGACCCGGAGGAGUUUGACUAUGGACCAUACUUUGCGCGAGCAGAGAAGUUGGGGUUUCCAAGCGAGGAGGAAUUUAAGAAGGCGUUUUAUAAGAAUGACGAUGAUGAUGAUGAUGAUGAAGGAGAAAAAGCCGACGAGAACACGCAGCCUCAGUAG